UCGUCCGAUGCCAGGGAGGAACAAAGAAAAAGGAGCCGGGGUGAGACUGCCAGCUGGCCAACCCAACAGCCUUACCGGAAUGGGCCUGUCAGCACGGAGAUGGCAAGGCUGAGAAGCUAAGCUUCCUAGACCAUGUUUAACCAUGGGCGCAGCUACACCCCACCAAUUAAAUCCUCUUGGACCAUCCCUUGGAUCACAAUUGUCGGCAACACUACAAUCCUAGACCUUCCGAAUUCCCCCUCAAGUCAGUCCCAAUGGCAACCAUCGUCUUCGUCCCCGGGGCGUGGAUCACUCCCGAUUUCUACCAGCCCUUUCUCAAUGCAUGCACGGCCACCGGAUAUCCUGUCCACUACGCCGAUUAUCCCUCUCUCUAUCCCGUCGAUCCGACUGUGGCAGACUGCAAGACGGACACGGAAGUGAUCAGGACUACACUACACACGUUGGUGGAGGAUGGCCGCGAUAUUGUCCUAGUGAUGCACUCCUACGCUGGUAUGCCCGGGGCUGCUGCUGCUCUGGGUUUGGCCAAGUCAGAUCGAGUGCAGCAGGGUAAGCCGGGUGGUGUGAUCGGGAUGGUUUACCUCGCGGCAUUCCUGGUGCCAGAGGGAUUGAGCUGUGCGGGCUUGCAGGGUGGGAACCUGCCUCCGUGGAUCCUGCUGGAUAAGCCAUCAGCAAAUCUCAACGUCCCCGCAGACGCUGUCGCGGAUUUCGCCGCGGAUGUCGACCCAGCCCUGGUGAAAGACAUCGGUGACAAGAUCAAGCCCCACUCGACACUGGCUUUCAACUCACCCCAGCCAGCUCCUGCCUGGGCGGAUGCCGCCUUUCAAGGCCAACUGGCCUUUAUCGUGACCACUCGCGAUCCAGCCGUUCCCAAAGAGGCCCAGUACGGUAUGAUGGCCGCUACCCGGCAGCAGUGGAUCGUCAAAGAGAUGGAAUGCAGUCACUGUGCGCCGUUCCUCGACCGGAUCGAGGAAACUGUCCGGCUUGUGGGCGAGUGUGCAAGGGAGUUCAAAGACAACAGCGCGUGACAUUCAUUCUAUUUAUAUGCCAAAUAUCUUCAAUAUCAUCGCGCUGCAUAGCGUCAUCACAAACAAUUGAAACC